AUGAUGGCCACAUUGAAUCUCAGCAGCUUCAAUCCGGGCCCCUUUAUUCUGGUAGGGAUUCCAGGACUGGAGCAGUUCCACAUUUGGAUUGGGAUACCCUUCUUUGCCAUCUACUUUGUGGCCCUUGCAGGUAAUGGCAUCCUUGUCUACCUCAUAGCUAUGGACUGCAGCCUCCAUGAACCCAUGUUCUACUUCCUCUCUAUGCUGGCCUCUGCAGACAUCAUUUUAUGCACAACAUGUGUCCCUAAAACCCUUGGCAUAUUUUGGUUUGGUGCUCAGGAAAUCACAUUCUCUGGCUGCCUCACCCAGUUAUUCUUUGUCCACUUCAGUUUUUUUCUUGACUCAGCAAUUUUGUUGGGCAUGGCAUUUGAUCGUUACAUGGCCAUUUGUUCUCCUUUAAGAUAUACUAGUGUUCUCACACCUAGAACAAUUGUCAAGAUCAUGGUGGGUAUUGUCAGUCGGAGCUUCAGUGUCAUUGUGCCUGUUGUUUUCCUCGUGAAGCGUUUACCCUUCUGCAAGACACGCCUCAUCCCUCACACGUACUGUGAGCAUAUAGGUGUGGCCCGGCUAUUCUGUGCUGAUAUCUCCAUCAACAUCUGGUAUGGAUUUGCUGUGCCUAUAAUGACUGUCUUCUCAGACCUGAUUCUCAUUAUUGUUUCCUACACUCUCAUCCUUCGUGCUGUCUUCCACCUUCCAUCCAGAGAUGCCCGGCAGAAGGCCCUCAACACCUGUGGCUCCCAUGUCAGUGUCAUUCUCAUAUUUUACACACCAGCCAUGUUCUCUGUCCUUACUCAUCGCUUUGGUCACAAUAUCUCUCGCACCUUUCAUAUCAUGUUUGCCAACCUAUAUGUGACCAUCCCUCCCGCACUCAAUCCCAUCAUUUACGGAGUAAAGACAAAGCAGAUCAGGGAUAAGGUCAUCCUUCUUUUCCUUCCUAAAGUGAUGCAGUGA